AUGCCAUGGAUUGGGAUCUACAUCACCUUAGCAUCUCUGUUUUGUAUCGUUUUAAUGCUGGCUGAUUUAUUACAUGGUUUUAGAAACAGAAAAUUUUGGUUUCCAUGUAAAUAUUUCACUUUGAAUGCUGCUUCUCUCACUGUGAUAGCUAUUGCAAUAAAGCUACCCAUGGAUUUAACUACUCUAAUGCCAGGUUAUGUCGACCGGGCUGCAAAGCUUGGAAGCCUCUCCUUUAUGUGCACUAUGAUGGCUAAUUUAUUGCCUUCUUUAGCCACCAUGAGCAGCAAGGAACUUGUAUCAAACAUCAUAGCUUUAGCUGUCCUCGUAAUUACCUUGGUUGUGAACGUCUGCAUUCAGAUAAACACGGGAGUUAUCUCCUACCAUGAAGACGAUGAUCACUACGUUUAUAUGUUUAGAGAAGACGAUUGUCACUACUUAUAUGUGGGUCUGUUACUCACGUUGCUUAUAAUAUAUGCAUGUUCAUCUUUAGCAAUUCUAAAAUCCAAACAGAUUCUAGAAUCGAAAUACCAAGUGGCUCAUCAGAAAGCUUUAAAGAUCAAUGACGACUUCCAACAGCAAGGAAUAUUAACUAUUGAGAAGCUAAAGCAGCAUGUGAGCAACUACUGGAUCAUGGCAGGAACCGGAAACCCCCAAUUCAUGAUAGCUUCCUCAGCAACAACCUCUGCUUCUGGGGUAAUAUGUGCUUUAAGCACUACCUUCCAGAUUCUUAAUAUGUUAUUCAAUAUUAGUCGAUUUCCAACGGACUCUAAGUCGGAUUAUAAGUGGUCAUUGUUGGUGAUUCUCAUUACACAAUUCAUCGGAGUCAUAUUGGGUACAGUUGCGCCACUUUCUAGAUGCUUUGCAUCCUUAAGCUUUAAGAUGUCCCUAAAAUGGAUUGUGAACCAUGUCAAAGUCUCUAACGUGGAGAGCUAUUGGACUCAGAAGCUAUAUGAUUGGAAACAGAGUAGCAUACCAUUCCCAUACAGUAGCCGCAAAUGCAAGAUCGUCAUCCAAAGUUUGAAAAAUCUGUUUCUCAGCAUUUGUAUAGGAUUCCAGAAGACAGUUGUGGUGAUAUGCAAGAUGAUAAGAGUUAUUCCAAUUUUCUUUGUGGUAUGUGUGGUGUACUUUCUUCGUUGUGGGAAGUGGUUAAAGGCGAUGUUCAGCGCCUCGAGUAUUAAAUUGGUACAAAAUACUGAGCAACCAGGAAAAGAUAAAGAUCUUAGUCGAUAUGUUUUGCAACUUCAAGAUGAUAUGGAGUUUGCCGAGAGAACAUUGAAAGGAAUUUCAAAAUCUGUGAACCGCUUGAUCCAAAAGGCUGAAAAACAACAACCCAAAAAUCUUUUGAAGCUUCUAACAGGAUGUGGAGGUUUUGAAGGAGGUGAAAAGUUUGACAGCCAUCAUGUUCCGCAUUUACUUUCAGAAGAAUAUCUCCAUUGUUGGAGCUUGCCCCUGGUAACUCUGACAACCAUUGCCAUGUCUCUUCCUAACAUCCAAAAGAACAUUGUCGAUUGCUUGCUGAGUGGUGUGAGUGAAGGUCUUGUAUAUGUCACACUUGUGGAUGAAACCCUUAAUAUUACUGAUGAUGAUGUAUGCAUUCAAAAGGCGGCUAAAACUCUGUGGGUAGAAGUUGAAGUAUACCACAAAUGGUUAGGAAACAAGCUACCAAAACUUACACCUAAAGCAAAUACAGCUAAACAGAUUCUUCAAUGGUUGAGGGAUACAGGUAAAAACAUUGUCAGUGAGAUGGAAAGGACGGAUAUGGGAGUCAUAGAUGGUAGCUCUAAAUGUAAGUCUAUUUCUGCUAAUUCAAUGUAUCAAACCUCUGAAACAAUCCUGCGCGUCUAUCAAGAGAACAUAGGCCAGGUUAGCCAAGAAGAACUAUUUGCAGAAUUAUUAUCAAUGAUUGCUGACAUUUUGUCUGCGUGUCUCACCAACUUACCCAAAGUCAUAGCAAUGAAAUGUCACACAAGUGCCGCAGAGAAAAGAGAGGAAAGUGUGCAUGCUGCAGCCCAACUUCUCGGUGAGACUAUGCAAAUAAUCAACAUCCUGCAAGAUCGAGAACAUCAAAGCAUGAACUCUGAUGACAUGGUGUUUAUUGACAAAUGGUGUGCUUACUUAAAGCAUCCUUUUCCAUAA